GACAAUGGCGCCGUUUUGAAUCGUGGGUCCCGCGGCGCCGUCUCCUCCCCCCUCUCUCCCCGCGCGUUCCGCUUCCCCGACCCCCCUCCCCUGUGCCAAGACAACGGCGGCAGCAGCAGCAGCAGCGCCCUCAUCUGCAGCACCGACCGCGACAUCCACGCCCACCACCCCCGCCACCCCCCAACCGGGGGCGGCGUCUGCAGCCGAGUUCCGCGGCGGCGUAGCCAGGCGAGGUCGAGGCUUUUGACUACUGCGAGUUGUGAGUGCAGCAGGAGGUGAGGGGAGCAGCAGCAGCAGCAGGAGGAUGUCUUCGCUGCGCGCCCUCCCCGGCUCUCCCCCGUCGCGGCUCCCACUCGGCCUCUCCGCUCUCCACGAACUUGAGGCCGCCACGGCGUCAGAGUGGGGCUCCAAGGGGGGCUACUCACCGCAGGACGAGACGCUGGCGAGUGUGCUGGGCUUGCCGGAGGUGGUGUUGGGCUGCGAGGGGUGGAUGCGGGGAGGGGUUCUCAGUGAGACCGACCCCCUGUCCCUGCGCCCCUUAUUCUUGAACCAAGAGCUCAGCGCUGCCGGAGUGCGGCAGGGCCGACUGCGAGCUCGGCAUUCGGGUGGUCUCGCCAGGCUGUUAGAGAAGUUGUUUAAGUCGGAAGAUGAUGUGCCUGUGUGGGUGAUGACGCUGUGGAACGCUGCUCUGUCUUCUGCCCGCUGGGUGCACUCACUGCACGGAGCCGUGUUCCCACACCUCACAUUGAGCCGAGAUGACAUGGUGGCCACCUUCUCCCAGGCUGUUGACUGGCAUGGCUGCCUGCUGCGAUCACUGGCUUGGCACCCACACACAGACAAGUUUGCUGUGGCUCUUGCGGACGAUUCCGUCAGGGUGUACAGCGGCAAAAGUGACGUGGUGCCGACGCUAAAACAUGGCCUGCAGAAGGGUGUGGCUGCUCUGGCGUGGAAGCCACUGUCCGCAUCGGGCCUCGCCGUGGCAUGUCGGUCGUGCGUGCUCGUGUGGACCGUCGACCCGAGCUCCCUGUCCACGCGGCCAUCGGCCGUGUGCGCUCAGGUGUUGAGUUGCCCUGGCUCCGGGCCGGUGACGGCGCUGGCCUGGGCACCACAGGGACACCUGCUGCUGUCAGCCUCUCCGGCUCACACCACCAUCACGGUGUGGGACGUGGCCACGGAGAGCUGCGCGUCGGUGCCGUGCCCGGGUGGAGGAGGGGUGAGCCUGCUGGUGUGGGCUCCCAGUGGCGGGCGCGUGUUAGCUGCUACACCUUCCCCUAUGUUCAGGGUGUUUGAGACCCGCACAUGGACGUGUGAGAAGUGGCCCACAAUGGCCGGGCGCUGCCAGGCGGCGUGUUGGGGCCCGGGCGGUACCCACCUUCUCUUUGCUGUGCAGGGAGAGACCCUGAUUUACGGCCUCACGUUUUCCACUGCUGCAGAUUGCACCGAGAGCACAGUGGGGGGGGCCCGAGCAGCAUCCGUGUGUGUGGACCUCUCCUCCAUCGACAUGCAGACGACUGACGAGACCUCCAUCACGCUUGGCGGGGAGGUGCAGUCUAUGGUGUGGGACCCAUGUGGAGAGAGGCUGGCAGUCCUGAUCAUUGGUGUCCACUCGUGUCUGGCUGUGUUUAAGACUCGGCUGCACCCCGUGUUUGAGCUGUUGCCCUGUGGCUUCGUGCAGGGAGAGGAGGGCGCCACUCCCCAGCUCAUGGCCUUCCAUCCCAGCUUCAGGCAGGGAGCGCUGCUGUCCGUGGGCUGGUCAAACGGUCACGUGUCGUACAUUCCCUUCUACUUCGCGAGGUGUGAGAAUCCGUUGCACUGUGGUGGUGCCGCCAUUGAGCCCUCGCGAUCCCUGGGUCUCUUCUCCGAGUUGUAGAAACCGGGCCCCGUCUCUUACACACACCACCACCACCACACCACCACACUACAGCACGCGGGUCGCACCGGUGAGGGGAUGGCAGCGAUGUUCAUGCACAGGUGUCUCGUGAUGGAAUUGUUUUUUGAAUCAAUAAAAUUA